AUGUCAAAUUUUGCCAACGUCGAGUGUGUUGAGGUCGCGAAUCCCGAGACAGUAUUGCGACAUCAAUCGGAUCCGCUAGCAAGGAUUCUUCGGCAGCUUGGCGUGAUCAUCCUCAUUGCUUCUCGUCUUGAAAGCAUCUCGAAAAUGUCGUCUCACGAGCCGUAUCCGCGAUUACGCGUCGCAAUUGUUGGAGCUGGGCCGGGAGGACUUGCAACAGCCAUUGCAUUGAGCAAGAUCGACGACGUGGACGUCGGAGCCGGUAUUAGUAUCGGGCAGAACACAUGGAACGUCUUGUCGCUGCUUGGCAUUGGCGAUGAAUUGAAAGGCCAUCCGACUUUGACUAAGCAGUACUCAGUACUCACAAGCGGCAGAAACGGCAAGACGGGCGAGGAAGUCCAUAGAUUGGACAAGUCAUGCAAUCUGGAAAGACCUCCGAUCCGUACACAGCGAACAGAGCUUCAGAGGCUUCUUCGAUCAAAGGUGUCCGACGACGUUUUGCGACUGGGUCGCAAAGUCAUCACUCUCGAAGAUCUGGACGACGCAGGCAUUCGACUUGUCUUCGACGACGGGUCAAGCGUCGUUGCUGACCUUGUGGUCGGGGCAGAUGGCAUCCGGUCAGCCGUUCGAGAUUCUGUCUGGAAAGACUACUCCCUAUCUUUCACUGGGACGACGAUUUGGCGUGUGCUGUUACCAUGGGACGCUGUGAAAGAUCUUGAUCCAAGGUUCGAGACUACAGCUUGGUGGCAUGGCCCAACUACGCAUGUUUACUUCUCGCCCGUAGGGGAAGGACUUUGGGAGAUUGCAGCUCGUGCCGCAAGUAAGGUGACCUGGGGCACACCCAUCGAUAAUGCAACAGUCGAAGCCAAUUUCGUGGUGAGCGCAAUGGCUUAUUCCUCGAUCAUACAAGCGGUGCUGACAUUGUCAGGAAUAUCUCCCCCAAGUGCUUGGAGAGAGUUCGCAGCAUUUUCAGGCCCAGAAUUGGAUGACUUAACCAACUGGAAUGAUAAGGUGGUCCUGGUUGGCGACUCGUCACACGCGCUGUCUGGCGCAUUUGGGAGUGGUGCCGGCUUUGCGAUGGAAGAUGGCUAUGUUCUCGCCCAAGCGCUGAAGCACAGUCGUAACGACGUCCAUCGUGCGUUGCCACUGUUUAAUAAAGUUAGGCUGCCAUAUUACACGCGAAUGUACGCUCAUCUUCAAGGCGAAGCGACGAAGCGAGCUCUGAAUUUAAGAGGCUUCACUCACCCAAGCUAUGACGAGAAAGUGCGCAACAAGGUCAUCAAGGCCGGUGGUACUGAUAUGCGGUGGAUCUAUGAGAACGACAUCAGCAAAGUUUGGCAAGACUCUAUUGCUACGACGGCUUGA